AUGGACGAGAAGGAUUUGAGGUCCUUGGCGGAGCUUUUGUCCUCCGAUAAGUUUCCCCAGCGCGUGGAGACGGCCUCGAAACUGCGGGAGAGUCUCUCCCCGGCGAGUUUGCUCUCCGCGUGGCGAGAUCCCGCGCAGGCGGAGGUUUUGCAAAGUUUAUUAUCUGAGGCCCAGUCCGUUCGAAACCUCGACGUUUUGGAGGUCAUCGGCGAGUCUUUGGUGAAGCUGUUAGCCGAUCAAACGUCCGGCCUGGCGUUUAUCGCCUUGGACUCGACCUUGCGCGUUCCCCAAUUUAUUUUCAACGUGAUCGCCGACGAGGAUUUAGAGCUCACGACGCUUUUCCGUUCGGCUUUUGUAGCCCUCCUCGAGCUCGCCGUCCCGGCGGCGAUUGCGGAACGCCUUGGGGAAAUGAUGGAUGGGAUCUUUGAAAAGGAAAAGGUUCUUCGGCUUUUUGACUGCGAUGCGGCCGAUUCGGCGGAGAAUGCGCGGAUUUAUUCAUAUCUUUCGGCCCAUACGCGUCUGAUCGACAGCGUUAUCUCGGCGACGAGUGGGGCUUUUGAGGUGGGCGAUCCAUUAUUGCUAGUGAAUAACCUGAUGGUGUGUGGCAUCAUCGGCCGGCAUCGGCCCCUUCCCAGGGCCCUUUUGGACAACAUCCAAGACUCCCUAGAAGCCCCGGAGGGGGACCUUUUGACCCAUUUUGUCUGUCGUUUUUGCAGUAUUGUGCUCCUUCAACACGAGGAAAACGCGCAGGGGUUUGCGGAUUUGUGGGUUCCGAGGGCCGUGCGGAUUGCCGAGGCCUCGUCCGACGAAGGGACCCUCGACGCGGCGUUUGAUCUCAUGGGCUCCGCCGCCACCACCUCCACCGGCUGGCGGGUUUUGAUGAAUUAUUUACCCUCGGAUCGGCUUCUUCGGUUAUUAACCUCCUUGUCGGAUUCCCUGCGGCUCUCCGCGCUUCGUUUUUUGCACACUUUGCUGCGUUCGGCGUGGAUGGAGCCCGCGGGGGUUCCUUCUUCCUUAAUAAAAGAGGCCUGGAAGCUGCGCACGGUGUAUGACGAAGGAGUUCGGUAUGAGGUUUGGGCCGUCGCCCUCGCCGUAAUUCGCCGCGGCGUUCUUUCGGAUUCGAUGCCUCUUCUUUACGCCGCUUUUUUGUCCGGCGUGCAUUCCGAAAUCAGCGCCGAGGUGCGCGAACUUCAGCAAAUGGCUGCGCGGGAGUUAUUGAACGACGCGACUCUGCCAGAGCCGAUGAAGUUGUCUUUAGUGCAGUUCAACCGCCGCGGGCUUUACCCGCCAGGCUCGGCGGGCGUGGCGAAUCUUCGGAAGGAUUAA